AUGCUGUGUUACCCGCAGCUACCCCCACAAGAUGAAUUUCAUAAGAGGGGACAGGGGCUAAGUUGGUCCAGUCGUCUUAGGGGAUCUGUAUCCUCCCGCCAACUGUUGUCUAGUGAACGCUCGGCGCACCCAUGGUCAAGCGAACGAGAAGUCGAAUUGUUAGAUUCACAGGGACCGUUGCUCUCUGCUGCGCCUGUCAUUGUUCUACUCACCUUCCCCACCUUUCUCGGACAGCCAAAUGCUUACGUUCAGGUCUUCUCUAUCGUCGAUUUCUCUCCGCUGAAAGACCACGAUGCACUCUCAGUUCCUCGCAAUACCAGACCAUUCUUUUCUCUCGAGAAACACACGUACACGAGCGACGGCCUCCUAAUCGUAAACCCGAACGGUCCUCACCCGAUGUUUGAACUCAUGCGAGAUGCAAAGGCGUCGUGGAAUGCUAAGCUUUCACGUGCAAGUAAGACCCUGGAGGAGGCUAUUACGGAGUAUAGACGACGCUACAAGCGUGCACCUCCGCUGGGAUUCGAUAAAUGGUGGGAGUAUGUCGUCAAAUACGAUGUCCAACUUCCGGACGAGUAUGACGAAAUUUAUCACGAUCUCGAGCCGUAUUGGGGCCUUGACCCAGCGGACCUUGCCGAAUCAGUAGAAGAACUCGCCACCUGGGACGACAUCUUCACCGUCGAGAAAACCUCUUCGAAUUCUGGCCUCGAGAUUGUCAGCGCGACUGUUCCGGAAAGCAACCGUGUCUUGCGUGAUCGUAUCGAAGCGAUCAUUGAUUUAACGAAGGACUUUGGUGCAGACCUUCCGCCUAUGCGCAUUCAGUUGUCUCCGCGUGAUGACCCACGCAUGCACACAGAUUGGAGAAUUAGAGAUAUGGCUCUGAGUGCUGCUAGACAAGGGACCACCAUCCGACAAAGUCGCCUGCCACCUAUAACCGAGGGCGGUUGGAUACAGGCAUGUCCUCCGAAUUCUCCAGCGCGGCUCAACCCUCCGGUGCUUCCCCCCCUCGAUGGUUCCAACCCUACGCUAUCUAACAUGACAGCACCCAAGUCAUUUAUUGUGUCGCAUCGUACUGCCAUGGAUCCUUGUUAUCAUCCCGAGAUCCUGAUAUCUCAUGGACAGUUCCUUUCGCAUCGCCAAGGACCGCUGCCACACCAUACGCUCGUCCCUCUAUUCUCGCACUGCGGUACACUUCUUCAUCAUGACUUUCGUCCUCCAAUUCCCUAUGGAUGGACUUCCGGUAACGACUCCGAAGCUCUCGGUGACGUGUCAUGGUCUGAAAAAGUUGAUGAACGACUUGAUUGGAGAGGAAGUCCGACGGGUAUGUAUGCUUCACCUGAAACACUUUGGAUGCACGCCCACCGGCAGCGAUUGGUGAAGUUGACGAGUGCGAUCGAAGGGAACACCAGCGUCCUGUGUGUUCCUUUAGACGCGUCGAGUGCUGUCGGUGAACCAUUACAAUUGCGGAUGGCAAGAGUCAAUCCGGCAUGGAUGGAUGUGGCAUUUUCAGGGAAACCGCUUGCGUGCGAAGAAAAUGCUGGGACGUGCAAGUUGAUGGAAGAGAUGUUUGAAUUCCGGAGGGUGCAAGGAAGAAAAGAGGAAGGGAGGUACAAGUUCAUACUAGAUGUUGAUGGAAAUGGCUGGUCUGGUCGUUUCAAGAGACUUGUCACCAGCAACGCACUGAUACUCAAGGCGUCCGUGUAUCCAGAAUGGUACACAUCCCGCAUUGCUGAAUGGGUGCAUUACGUUCCCAUCCAGGUCACCUAUGCUGAUCUGUAUGAUGUCGUCGCAUUUUUCCGAAACCAUGACGAGGCGGCGGCAAAGAUUGCAAUUGCGGGUAAGGAGUGGAGCCAACGGUUCUGGCGGAAGGAAGAUAUGAGCGCGUAUCUAUAUAGAUUGCUUUUGGAAUAUGCGCGCGUGAUGAGCGUUGAUCGCGAGUCAAUGUCGUAUAGCGGAUGA